AUGGCUCAUCAGACGGAAAAUUAUGCGACCGUACAAAGAUUUUACAUGAGAACUUUUGAUUCUUUUGCUGAAAUAUGUGCCUUAUUUAAAAACGAUCCCGAUCAGGAAGGCGGGAGACUGGAAGAUAGCGAUUUAAAAAUGGAUUUAAUAAAUUCAGUUCAUGAUAUUUUAAGAGGAAUGCCUUCUUUCAUUCAUAAAGCCGUACUUAAAUCGAUUGUAAACGCUUUGAUUGAAGAAGAAAGAGAAUUACAUUCUAAAGAUAACGUUCGAGCUUAUUUCGUGUUGAUACAAAAUCCCGUUUUUUCAUCUCAGUCGACUUAUACCAUUUUUGCUCAUCUCCUGAGGCAAAUAGUUGAAUUGCCAACGGAAGAUCAUCAAUUACUAGUGUGCUGGUUUAAAACAUUAGAAGUGAAAAAUCUUCGAAUGGUUUUGAGGCAUAUUCUUCAAUUCAUAACGAUUCGUCAUUUUCCUCCGGCUGAAAAGAGGUUGCCAUUUAUGGGAAAAUGCAAAUGGUGGAUUCCAAAUGCUGCAAAAGUUUUGGCACUUUUAAAUGCUGCAAAUGAUUCUAGUGAUCCGCCUCAUCUUCUCCACUACACCGAAUUUUACAAUUCAGCUUUAGAUCAUAUUGAUUUAAUGCAAGAAUAUUAUAAUUGGCAAAAUCCGCAACAUUUUGGACAAUUUUCAUAUUGUCAAUAUCCUUUUGUACUCAGCAUCGUAGCCAAAAGAUUUAUUUUAACAAAAGAUUCAGAGCAACAAAUGAUAUUAACCGCUAGAAAAUCGUUAGUGGCGAAAGUAAUCAGACAUCAACCUCCUCAAAUAGAUAUUUUUUUUUUAAAUAUUCACGUGAGAAGAUUUCAUUUAGUGAGUGAUUCGUUAAAUGAAAUUUUUUUGAAACAAAAAGAUUUAAAAAAAAAAUUGAAAGUGAGUUUUAUAGGAGAACCUGGAUUGGAUAUGGGAGGACUCACGAAAGAAUGGUUUCUUUUAUUGAUUAGAGAAAUUUUUCAUCCGAAUUACGGAAUGUUUGUUUAUCAUCCUCAUUCAAGAUGUUAUUGGUUUAGUACCGAGCGAGAAAAUAAUCUUAGAGAGUACAAUUUAAUUGGUGUUCUAAUGGGUCUCGCCGUAUAUAAUUCCAUAAUUUUAGAUUUACAUUUUCCAUCAAUUUGUUAUAAGAAACUUUUAUCACCGCCUGUUGUUCCUUCAGCCGAUACAUCUGCCGUCGGUAUCGUCAAAGAACCAACAAUUGACGAUUUAUCUGAAAUCAUGCCAGAGGUCGCAAAAGGAUUAAAAGAUUUAUUAGAUUACGAAGGGAAUAUAGAAGAGGAUAUGUGCAUGAAUUUUCAAGUAUCACUCGAAGAAUAUGGCGAAAUAAAAACGUAUAAAUUGAAAGAGAAUGGAGAAAAUAUUCCCCUGACAAACGAAAAUAGAAAUGCUUACGUUGAACUUUACUUAAAUUGGAUUUUAAAUGCUUCCAUUUACGAAAAGUUUCGAGCUUUUUAUUUAGGCUUUCACAGCGUUUGCGCAUCGAACGCAUUAAUCAUGCUCAGGCACGAAGAGGUUGAAAUGUUAGUGUGCGGCUCACCAAAUAUAGAUUUAACCGAAUUAAGAAAAGUAACGGAAUAUGAUGGUUACAAGCCGGAUGAUCCGAUAAUAACCGAAUUCUGGAACGUGUUAGAAUCAUUAUCGGACGAAUUGAAAAAAAAAUUUCUUUUGUUUACCACGGGAAGCGAUCGAGUACCUGUCGGAGGUAUGGGAGAAAUGACGUUUAAAAUUACACGUGUCAAUAAUCGUCCCAGUAAUUUACCGGAAGCUCACACUUGUUUCAAUCAAUUAGUUUUACCACAAUACGAAACAAAAGGAAUACUCAAAGAAAAACUUAUAAUUGCUAUUUCAAACGCCGAAGGUUUUGGUUUGGAAUGA